CUUUUCAAUGGUGAUUGACUUUAUAAAAACAUAUUCUAUUUUGGCGGUUUAUUAAAGAGGUUAUCGAAAAAGAAGUAUUUGCCGGUUAAUGUUGAUUCAUUACAUGUUUUUAUAAUAACAAAAAAUUAAUAAUGGGUGAUUCUGACUUUAAUGAGUUGCUAAGAUCUGCAGAACAGCUUUCUGCUGCUGUUGAAGCAACUGGUGAACCACAAGUUGAAAGAAAUUUAAGACAAAUUUUGGAAGCUUCUAAUGAGCUUUGGUCUCGUGUUACUCAAACUAGUAAUCAAGAUACACAAGUUCAUGCGCAUCUUUUAUUGGGUUCUCGAGGAGUAGAUUUACCUCAAAUUUCCCAAAAACUCAAUUCCCUCAGUGCACGACGAACAUUUGAACCAUUGGAUCCUAUUGCAGACACAGAUAUUGUUGGUUAUUUAAGAAAUGAAAAGGAAAAUGCAAUUUUAUCUAUUAUUGAACAAGUUCAUAAAGAUACUUUUGAGCUGAAUCGAAUUCAACAAAUGGAACAUAUGCUUGGAGAAUGGAAACAAAUGCGUUUUGAAAUAAUUAACGCUAUGACUGCUCCUUCUGGAGAACUAGUAGAUCUGAGAGGUACUCCUCAAAGAACAAAACUAGCUGGUUCUAUGGUUAGCUCAUUAUCGAAUGUGGAAAUGGCUUAUGCUAAAGAAUUACAAAUUUAUAAUGAUCAUAUUUCAAGAGGAAUAUCAAAACCGAAUCUUUUUAAUGCAUUUUCAAAGGCUGCCGAGUCUUUCAAUGAUAAAAAAGUUGUAGAUAUGUGGAAUAUGGUUAAAGUUAUGGUUAACCUUCCACCAACAACUAAAGGAGAUCAAAUAAAAUCAAGAACUAGUCCAGAAAUUGAACAAAAAAUUGUAGAGCAAGCAAAAAAAUAUUUAGAAAAUCGUUACAAAGAAUUUAUGAAUUCUUUAGUCAGUGAAAAUUUAGCUCAAGCUAAACGAGGAGGAAUUCCUGGGACUUUGCCAUUAGUUAAAAGUUUUGUUGGUAUAAAGGUUCAAAAUGUACGUGAUUUAGAGGAUGCAGUAGUUGACGACAAACCUCUUUGGCCUUUAGUUUAUUAUUGCAUGAGAGCCGGAGAUUUUAAAGCUGCAUUGGAAUGUCUAAAUCAGUGUGGAUCUGGGCAGCAAGAAUUUAAUAGACAAAGUCUUGAUGAAAGUUUAGAAAAUUCUCGACGUCCUAAUAGUCGUGGAUGGUCUUUUCAAGAAUUUAAACAAGCUCUUGAAGAAGCCAUUGAAAAUCCUCAACGCCGGCCUACAAAUCGCGGAGAAUCAACCGUUAAAUUACAUUAUCGAAAACAUGUACGAUCUUCAACAGAUCCUUACAAAAGAGCAGCUUAUUGUGCACUUGUUCCUUGUGAUCCAGAAGAUUUACACGCAGAAGUUAUGUCUACUGCAGAUGAUUAUUUGUGGCUUAAACUUUGUCAAGUUAGAGAUUAUAUUGAUACUGAAAACAAAUUGACAUUAGAUAGUCUACAAACAACAAUAUUAGAAGUUUAUGGAGAAUCAUAUUAUCAUGCUCACGAACAGCCAUUUUUGUACUUUUCAAUGUUAUUCUUAACUGGUCAAUUUGAAGCAGCUAUUGAAUUUCUCGCCAGAGGUGCUGAUGCAAAAUAUUUACCUCAUGCUGUUCAUUUAGCAGCAACUAUGAAUGAACAUAAUCUUUUAGCAGUUAGCCAGAGUAUUUUAGCACCUUUAAUUACAGUAGAUCCUGCAGAUAAACCUCCUUCGAAAAGAUUGAACUUUGCACGGCUCAUACUUCUUUACGUAAAACGUUUUGAAUCUUCAGAUCCUAAAGAGAGUCUUCAUUAUUUAUUUUUAUUAAGAAAUAUGAAAGAUCCUUAUGGUAGAAAUAUGUUUGCUGUUGCUGCUGCUGAUAUGGUUGUAGAUUCUACACCAGAAAAUCGAACAUUAUUAGUUGGAAAAAUUGAAAAAGAUUGGAGACUUCCUGGUAUAUUAGAUCGAUUUCAAAUUAAUGUUGAAGAUGUUAUUAAUAUUUGUGCGGAAACUUUAUAUAAAAAGGGACUUUUGGAAGAUGCUGUAACAAUGUAUGAUUUAGCUGGUAAUUAUCAAAAGGUUUUGAGCUUAUUGUGUAUACUACUAGCACAAAUUGUGAGUCACAAAAAUACUCCUGGUUCAUUGAGAUCACGAUUACAAGUCGUUACUACUGAUAUUAGUUUAAGAUAUCAAGGAAUUGCUGCUCAAGUACCCGCUGAAUUAGUUGCAGCUUUUUAUACUCUUCGAGAUUUGAUGAUAUUUUUUGAUCAAUUCCAUAAUGAACAAUAUCAAACAGCAUUGAGAACAAUUGCAGAUUCAAAAUUACUUCCUCUUCAUGUAAAAGAAGUUGAUGAACGAGUGACUGCUUUAAGAAGAGUAUCUCCAGAAGUUGCUGGAACAUUAUCAGAUGUACUUCUGGCUACAAUGACAAUUCUUUAUAGACAGUAUCAAAAAUUACGAUCUGCUGAACCUGGUGAUGAAAAUGCUCGAGAACAACAACUAAAAGAUUUAAGAGAACAAGCACGAGCGUUGACGAGUUUUGCAGGUACUAUACCCUACAGGAUGCCAAACGAAACAAAUAGUAAACUCGUACAAAUGGAAAUAUUGAUGCAUUAAUAAAAUGUAAUUAUUAAUUUACAUCUAAACACCUCAUUUAUAUUAUUAUUUUUUUAAUAAUUACUUGAUGUAAUAAAUAUUUUCAAAUAUAAAUAAAUAAAA